AUGCCACCAUUCCUCAUUGGCCUGGAACGUCUACGUCCCUUUCCUUUCAGCGCAUCCAAUGCUAAACGUCGCCCGGGUCUCGCGCAUAACAGGUCGUGGGAGUUUCUUGUAACAGGCUUGCAUCGCUUGAUCAAAGAGAGGGUGUCACAAAGUCGUCCCGUCUCGGAUGUAGAGCUUCAAAACGAAGCUCGACUUCUCACCUAUGGUUCCGCCAAUGCUGAUAUCAGCACAGCAGCUGACAACCCCGAAUGGCUGGACCUCUUCAAAAAGGCAUAUAGUCUGGAUAUCUUGACUUGUCUUACCGAAGGCAAAGUUAGACCAGCUGAGGACCUCGAAGUCUACCAUGAUCUUGGUAUCUCCAUGCCUUCUCUAUCGCAAGAACAACAUCAAUCCGCUCUGUUUGCUUUGUUUCAGAGUGAAGGACCCAUCCCAAAGGGAUAUCUGCGAUUCUCUGCCUCACGAGUACCUCUGCACAAGGCGUUGCCCUUUGAGACCAUUGCCGGUCCGUGGCCUGAUGCAGGACUUUUAGGAGAGAUGCUGGUUGUUGCCGAGUGGGUGUUUCGGAAAACGCUUGGUGCACAAAUUAAUCUGUCUUUAUCGGCAUCAGAGACAGCGAACACAUGGCCGUGGACUGCCGACAACGACGACGGUGGAGAUUUGUUCUUCGAUCAACUAAUGUUGCCUUGGGACGAGAGCUUUGGCUCGAGGAUAUCGGUCAUCGAUGAUGUUCAGAGCGAGACUGAGCCGAGAAUUGAGACUGUGGAUUGA